GCAAAUGGGUUUUGAAAAUUGUUUUUAUAUGCAGUCUUCCUCCACUCGCAAUAAAAGCAAAGCGGCAGUACUUUUACUUUUCAACCUCAUGGUGCCUACACUGUCACUCACCACUUUCUAACUUCUUGGCCUCGAAAUUCUCUUUUCUUUUCUUUGUUUCUUUUUUUUUUUUCAACUUUUUUCUCAUAAAUUCUGUAACUUGGACACUUCCUUACAAUCCCAAAACUAUCUUCCAAAUCCAAAUUCCAACAUGACAAAGAAGAAAAUGCUGACAUUUUCCCAUUAAUCUCUCUUCAAAACUAACAUCUUUCUUUACCUGCUUUGCCUAAUGGAAGUUACAGUACCAAACAGAGCCAGUACUACCCCCACUACAAGCAUUCCAAAACCACGUUGCCCAAGAUUGUCUUUCUGGUCCUCUCCUCCAAAUCUCCCUCCUGGUCGCACUCUGCUUGAUUGCAUUGGUACCCCUAUUGCUUGUUGAAUUGCCAUGGAACCAUUUUCAUCGAUCUCAGGAGUAUACAACUCUGUUUUUGAGAGUGUAAAUGAUUUGGUGAAUUCUGGGAGAAGAUAUGGGUCGGCUUCAUCUUCGUCUUUGGUUUUGGAUAGCUCGAGAGGAGAGCUUGUGGAAGCUCCAGUGAAAUCGGGGCGAAAAGGGGUGUCGACGGAGAGAACCAUUGAGGCUUUGAAGAACCACAGCGAGGCAGAGAAAAGACGCAGAGCGAGAAUUAAUGCACAUUUUGAUACCCUUCGGAGCCUUAUUCCUGGUGCCAAGAAGAUGGACAAAGCAUCAUUGCUUGCAGAAGUAAUCGAGCACUUUAAAGAGCUGAAGAGGAAAGCAGCAGAAGCUAGUGAAGAUUCUGUCAUACCAAACGACACUGACGAAGUAAAAGUCGAGCAGGACGAUGAAUUAGAAGGAAAGCCUUAUUCGAUUAGAGUGUCUUUAAGUUGCAACUACAGACCUGGGCUACUGUCUGAUUUAAGGCAAGCGCUUGAUGAUCUUCAUCUGAUAAUACUGAAGGCAGAAAUUGCUACCUUGGGAGGCAGAAUGAAGAAUGUUUUUGUAAUCACCAGCUGCAAAGAAGAGAAUACCAAAAAUGGCGAAGUAAGCCAGUUCCAUGCGAGCUCCAUUUGCCAGACUCUUAGAUCCGUACUUAAUAGAUUUUCUGAUUCAGAGGAGUUCUUAGGAACUACAGUUUCAAACAAGAGGAUAAGGGCAUCCAUGUUCAGUUCUUAGAGUUCAUCUUGAUCAUUAGAAGAUUUUUUGUGAGUUUAUGGUUUAUUGGUAACGAUUUGCAUCAUUUGUCGUCAAUAACAUGUUCAUAUUAUGGGCUAGCUGUAUGGAAACUGAUAUCUCCCUGCAUAUCUCUUCUGCCGUAUAAAUCCAUGUGCAUGUGUGUGUAUAUAUAUUUAUAUCAACGUCUCGUACCUGCAUUUAUAGAUGAUUGCAUAUGAUGAACUUAAUAUAAUAUGGAUAAUAAGUAGUGUAACUAGUUUUCCCAAUAUUGUUAAUAAUUUCCUGAACAAUUUGUUCUUCAGGUUGAAUUGGUGGA